UCUGAGUUUGGCGCCAGCCGACCCCCAAAAUUUCUUAAAAUUCAUUUCUGUCGCCAACUCGAUUCAAAAUUUAUGAAUAUCUCCCGCCACAAACAGUUUGAGAUACAGUCAAAAGCAUAAAAAAAAGGGUAUAGUACACAUUACACAAGUAAUACAGAACUCUUUCCUUUGCUUGCGUUCAUAGUCAUACACCGCCAACUAAACAAUAUAAUUGUAGCAAUGGCCGUUGCUUCAAGUCCUAGUCCCAAACAGAUAGCAUCUGAACAGAAGAAGAAGAAGAAGAAUUCUCGACAGCAAUCCGAUGAUGAAGGUAUUGCUUCCCCCAGAAAGCGCAGCAAGUGCCCGGGAGUUCGUGUCGUCGGAGGCCGAAUCUACGAUUCCCAGAAUGGGAAAUCUUGCCAUCAGUGUCGUCAAAAAACCAUGGACUUCGUUGCUGUCUGCAAGAAUCAGAAAAAGAACAAGCCAUGUACUAUUAAGUUUUGUCACAAGUGCCUGUUGAACAGAUAUGGAGAGAAGGCAGAAGAAGUGGCAAGCUUGGGGGAUUGGAGGUGCCCAAAGUGCAGAGGCAUCUGCAAUUGCAGUUUCUGCAUGAAGAAAAGAGGUCACCAACCCACCGGUCUACUUGCGCAUACAGCCAAGGCAAUUGGGUUUUCCUCUGUUUCAGAAAUGCUGCAUCUUGAAGACCCUGAAAAUUUUGACAUUGCCAAGAUCGUUCAAGACAAUGGUUCUUUGCCAAAAAAAAAGCUGCUUCAGAAAAGGAGUCAAUGA